CCAACAAGCCCUAGUCUCCUCUCUCUCUCUCUCCCCUUCAGUUCGGCUUUUUCUGAUAUCGAAAGAGAAAAUGUCGACGCUAGAAAUCGAAGCUCGAGAUGUCAUCAAGAUUGUGCUCCAAUUUUGCAAAGAAAAUUCCUUGCACCAAACGUUUCAGACGUUACAGAAUGAGUGCCAGGUUUCUUUGAAUACUGUGGACAGCGUGGAGACAUUUGUUGCUGAUAUUAAUAGUGGGAGGUGGGAUGCGAUAUUGCCUCAAGUGGCUCAGCUUAAACUUCCCAGGAAUAAAUUGGAGGAUUUGUACGAGCAGAUUGUAUUGGAGAUGAUUGAACUUCGAGAGUUGGAUACUGCACGUGCUAUUUUAAGGCAAACUCAGGUAAUGGGUGUCAUGAAGCAAGAGCAACCCGAAAGAUAUUUGCGACUUGAGCAUCUCUUAGUCCGAACUUACUUUGAUCCAAAUGAGGCUUACCAAGAUUCAACAAAGGAAAAACGCCGCGCUCAAAUUGCCCAAGCUGUUGCUGCCGAAGUCACUGUGGUGCCGCCAUCACGAUUGAUGGCUCUAAUUGGCCAGGCUCUGAAGUGGCAGCAGCACCAAGGGUUACUUCCUCAAGGAACACAGUUUGACUUAUUUCGAGGAACUGCUGCUAUGAAACAAGACGUAGAUGACAUGUAUCCAACAAAUCUUUCACACACAAUAAAGGAAACAUUUAUGAUGCAUGAUGAUCCCGUGCUUUGUGUUGAUUUUAGCAGAGAUUCUGAGAUGCUUGCAUCUGGAUCACAAGAUGGAAAGAUUAAAGUUUGGCGUAUAAGAACUGGUCAAUGCUUGCGCCGUCUUGAACGUGCACAUUCUCAGGGUGUCACAAGUCUUGUCUUCUCUCGAGAUGGAAGCCAGUUACUAAGUACAUCAUUUGACAGUACAGCAAGAAUCCAUGGCUUGAAAUCUGGGAAGUUGUUGAAAGAAUUCCGUGGCCAUUCUUCUUACGUGAAUGAUGCUAUCUUUACAGCUGAUGGAAGUCGUGUUAUUACUGCAUCUAGUGAUUGCACAGUAAAGGUCUGGGAUGUGAAGACUACGGACUGUCUGCAAACAUUUAAGCCACCACCUCCUUUACGGGGAGGUGAUGCUUCUGUGAAUUCUGUUCAUCUUUUCCCCAAAAGUACUGAUCAUAUUAUUGUUUGUAAUAAGACAUCAUCGAUCUACAUUAUGACACUUCAAGGACAGGUUGUGAAGAGCUUCUCAUCUGGUAAAAGAGAAGGUGGAGACUUUGUUGCAGCCUGUUUGUCACCAAAAGGGGAAUGGAUUUACUGUAUUGGUGAAGACAGGAAUAUGUACUGCUUCAGCUAUCAAUCUGGUAAACUAGAGCACCUAAUGAAGGUCCAUGAAAAAGAUGUAAUUGGCGUCACUCAUCACCCACACAGGAAUCUUGUGGCAACGUAUGGUGAAGACUGCACUAUGAAAUUAUGGAAGCCUUGAAUCUCUCCCUAUCUUGGUUUUACUAGUGUACUCUAAUUGUAAAUUAACUUUGAUUUCCUCCUGUCUGAUAUAUACAUACAUAUGUAUAUUAAUUUUUUGCGAUUUUCCAUUU